AUGGCGCACAUGUGCAGGCAGAUGACGGGCAUCGCGGCGAGCUGUGCGGGCUGGGUCGGCAUCAUCGUCGCCACGGCCACUAACGACUGGGUCCGGUCCUGCGACUACGCGGUGGUGACCUGCAUCCGCAUGGACGAGCUGGGCUCGCAGGGACUCUGGGUAAAGUGCGUCAUCUCUCCCGCGCUUUAUCACUGCGUGGCGCGCACCCAGAUCCUCUCCCUGCCAGCGUACGUCCAGACGUGUCGUGCCCUGAUGAUCUGCGCUUGUCUGCUCGGUCUGCCCGCGAUGCUGCUGGUUCUGAUGUCGAUGCCCUGCGUCAAGCUGCAGACCGACAACUUCGCCAUCAAGCAGCGUCGCGCCCUGGUGGGAGGCAUCCUCUACAUCCUCAUGGCUCUGUGCGGCAUCAUAUCGACCGUCUGGUUCCCCGUCGGCGUUCACCAGGAGGAGGGCCUGAUGUCGUUCGGCUUCUCUCUGUACGCCGGCUGGGUCGGCUCUGCCCUCUGCCUCCUGGGCGGCACCCUGAUCCUGUUCUGCCGCGGCACCGACCCCGGGACCCCGAGCAGGGACAGCAGCUUCUACUACUCCAGGCAGGAGGGCACGGCCACGCCGCUGGACCCCCCCGCCAACCACGCCAAGAGCGAGCGAGUGUGA